AUGGGUAGCCGCAUGAGCUGCUCUUCUGCAUGUACCGUCAGUUCCGAUCUCACUCUUUAUUCUUCCGAUGAGGAAGACAUGGAUCUGGAGGAAGAGGAGGAGGCUUCCAUCCCAGAGGCACGUCCCAUUGCCUCCACUGAUGAAGAUCCAGAAAUGUUGGAACGCGUGUCCCAAUUGGAACAAGAGAUGAAACGUCUCCAAGACGAACUAAGGCAACAACAGCAGCAGAAUCUCAAGCAGCAAAGCGCCCAACCAUUCAAGUUUCGUCAGCCCUCCUCCGAGUUGGCUUCAUCCUCGGAAGAGCCUCCAAAUACCGCAACGAUUGAUGAUCAGAUUGCUCAUGCUCAGUUCGUCCAAGCCUUUCGAGCAAGCAUCAAAGUCAAGAACCGAAAAUAUCAUUUGAAAAGUACAAGAAUUGCUUUGUCGGGCGAGAAGCUGUGGAUGUCUUGGUACAAUUGA